ACCAAACCAGAACUGGAGGAGACGAAGAAAAGAAACAAGGAGAAACAGACCAAACACAAAGACAACAAAACACAGAAGAGGAGCGAGGCUUCAAUAUCCCUACGAUUUUUCAAAUUUUCAUCGAAAAAUCGAGAAAAAGGUGAACGGAAACAGCUAAAUUUUAUAGCUAGAUCUUGUCCACGAAUAUCACACCGAAGCGCCUCGAAAGGAGAAGCUGGUAGCUCAUAGUUGUAGUGCUCGCAAUUUGAAGUGGAGCAUUGGUGCUUUGAUCUGAUUGGAGAGCUGAACGAAACGCCGCCAGAUUAUCUGAUCUGACGGCAGUUACAAGAGAAAUGGCUGCUUCAAUAAGCUUAGGAGUUGGGUCUCUUGCUUGGCUGGAGGAUCCUGAUGUAGCCUGGAUAGAUGGGGAAGUUUUGGAGGUCAAAGGUGAAGAUGUCAAGGUUCUUUGUACAUCAGGGAAAACGGUUGUUGUUAAAUCUUCAAACGCCUACCCUAAAGAUGCUGAAGCUCCAUCUUGUGGUGUUGAUGAUAUGACAAGGCUGGCUUAUUUGCAUGAACCAGGAGUUCUUCAUAAUUUAAAAUCCAGAUAUGAUAUUAAUGAAAUAUAUACUUAUACAGGGAAUAUUUUAAUUGCUGUCAAUCCUUUUAGAAGAUUACCUCAUCUCUAUGAUACACAUAUGAUGGCACAAUAUAAAGGUGCUGCCUUCGGGGAGUUGAGUCCCCAUCCCUUUGCUGUUGCAGAUGCAGCAUAUAGACUAAUGAUUAAUGAAGGAGUAAGCCAGUCAAUAUUGGUUAGUGGUGAGAGUGGAGCUGGCAAAACAGAAAGCACAAAACAAUUAAUGCGUUAUCUUGCUUACAUGGGAGGCAGAGCUGCAACUGAUGGGAGGACCGUUGAACAGAAAGUCCUGGAGUCUAAUCCUGUUCUUGAAGCUUUCGGUAAUGCGAAAACUGUCAGAAACAAUAACUCAAGUCGUUUUGGUAAGUUUGUGGAAAUUCAGUUCGAUCAGAGGGGAAGGAUUUCUGGAGCUGCCAUACGAACUUACUUGCUGGAAAGGUCUCGGGUUUGUCAAGUGUCUGAUCCCGAGAGAAAUUAUCAUUGUUUCUAUAUGCUCUGUGCUGCACCAGCUGAGGAUGUUCAAAGGUACAAACUUGGGAAUCCAAGGACAUUUCAUUAUCUGAAUCAAUCAAAUUGCUAUGAGUUGGAUGGGCUUGAUGAUUCCAAAGAAUACUUGAUAACAAGAAAGGCAAUGGAUGUUGUUGGAAUACAUUCUGAAGAACAGGAUGCUAUAUUCAGAGUUGUAGCUGCGAUUCUCCAUCUUGGGAACAUUGAAUUUUCAAAAGGGAAGGAAAUGGACUCGUCUGUGCCCAAAGAUGAGAAGUCUUUGUUUCAUUUGAGAACUGCAGCUGAGCUGUUCAUGUGUGAUGUGAAGGCGUUGGAGGAUUCCCUCUGUAAACGAGUUAUUGUAACUCGUGAUGAAACUAUCACCAAGUGGCUGGAUCCAGAAGCUGCUGCUGUCAGUAGAGAUGCUUUGGCAAAAACUGUAUAUUCAAGAUUGUUUGACUGGCUAGUGGAUAGGAUUAAUAAUUCCAUAGGCCAAGACCCAAAUUCAAAAUCAUUAAUCGGGGUGCUGGAUAUCUAUGGAUUUGAGAGUUUCAAGACUAACAGCUUUGAACAAUUUUGUAUUAACCUGACAAAUGAGAAACUUCAGCAGCAUUUCAAUCAGCAUGUCUUCAAAAUGGAACAAGAAGAGUAUAAAAAAGAAGAAAUUAACUGGAGCUACAUCGAAUUCAUUGACAAUCAAGAUGUCUUAGAUCUAAUUGAGAAGAAACCAGGUGGUAUUAUAGCACUUCUUGAUGAAGCUUGCAUGUUUCCCAGAUCAACUCAUGAAACAUUUGCCCAAAAGCUUUAUCAAACAUUCAAGAACCAUAAGCGUUUCAGCAAGCCUAAAUUAUCUCGUUCUGACUUUACAAUUUGCCAUUAUGCUGGUGAUGUCACCUAUCAAACUGAUUUGUUCCUUGAUAAAAACAAAGAUUAUGUUAUUGGUGAACAUCAGGCGCUCAUGAGUGCUUCAAAAUGCCCCUUCGUUUCAAAUUUGUUUCCACAAUCAUCUGAUGAAUCAUCAAAACAAUCAAAAUUCUCUUCGAUCGGCUCCAGGUUUAAACAACAAUUGCAAUCAUUGCUUGAAACUCUGACUCACACUGAGCCUCACUAUAUUCGCUGUGUAAAGCCUAAUAAUUUGCUUAAGCCAGCUAUAUUUGAAAAUCAUAAUGUUCUGCAACAACUUCGUUGUGGGGGAGUGAUGGAAGCAAUUAGAAUAAGUUGUGCUGGAUAUCCCACUCGGAAGCCUUUCUAUGAAUUUAUGGAUCGCUUUGGUAUCCUUUCACCAGAAGUUUUGGAUGCGAGUAUGGAUGAGGUCACUGCAUGCAAAAAGCUUCUUGAGAAAGUGGGACUUCGAGGCUACCAGAUUGGUAAAACAAAGGUCUUUUUAAGAGCUGGGCAGAUGGCAGAGCUGGAUGCUCGCAGAAUUGAGGUAUUAGGAAGAUCUGCAAGUAUAAUCCAGAGGAAAUUCCGUUCUUACAUGGCUCGUAAAGGCUUUACAUUGUUGCGUAACUCAGCAAUACAGAUGCAAUCUGCAUGCAGAGGAGAACUUGAUAGGCGAGUAUAUAAUAGCUUGCGGAGAGAAGCAUCUUCGCUUAGGAUCCAGAGAAAUCUGCGUAUGCAUCUUGCUAGGAAGGCUUACAAAGAAUUGUGCUCCGCUGCUGUUGCUAUUCAGACAGGCAUGCGUGGGAUGUGUGCACGUGAUGAGCUUCGCUUCAGAAGGCAGACAAGGGCAGCUAUGGUCAUUCAGACCCAAUGUCGCACAUUCUUAUCCCAGUCCAAUUACAAGAAACUGAAGAAAGCUGCAAUUACUACACAAUCUGCUUGGAGAGCCAGAAUUGCACGCAAAGAACUCCGAAAACUAAAGAUGGCUGCACGGGAGACUGGUGCUCUGCAAGCUGCAAAGAAUAAAUUAGAGAAGCAAGUUGAAGAAUUGACUUGGCGGCUACAGCUGGAGAAACGCAUGCGGGCUGACGUGGAAGAAGCAAAAACACAAGAAAAUGUGAAACUACAAUCAGCUUUGCAAGAUCUGCAAGUUCAGUUCAAGGAAGCUAAAGAAAUGCUUCUGCAAGAGCGUGAAGUUGCAAAGAAGGCAGCAGAGCAAAUCCCUAUCAUAAAGGAAGUCCCCAUUAUUGACCAUGAAAUGAUGAAUAAGAUUACUGCUGAAAAUGAGAAACUAAAGGGUAUGGUUUGCUCUCUAGAAAAGAAAAUUGGUGAAGCAGAGAAAAAAUUUGAAGAAACAAAUAAACUGAGUGAACAGAGAUUGAGGCAGGCAAUGGAGGCAGAGUCUAAAAUUGUUCAGUUGAAGACUGCCAUGCAAAGGCUUGAAGAAAAAGUUUUGGAUUUGGAAUCGGAGAAGCAAAUUCUUCAGCAUCAAGGCUUGAUGACAUCAGCUAAGCAGGUGUCGUCACCUUUAACUCUGUCCAAGAUAUUGGAAAAUGGCCACCAUCUGAAUGAGGAAAGCAAUGCCAGUGAAUCACCAAGUGGGUCGCCAGCUAAAAAAUUUGAAACCCCUGAUAGCAAGUUAAGAAAACCUCCAAUUGAUCGACCACAUGAGGAUGUUGAUGCGCUCAUUAACUGUGUGAUGAAGGAUGUGGGCUUCAGUCAGGGAAAGCCUGUUGCAGCAUUUACCAUUUACAAAUGCCUCCUCCAUUGGAAAUCUUUUGAAGCUGAAAGGACUAGUGUGUUUGACCGUCUCAUUCAGAUGAUUGGUUCAGCCAUUGAGAACCAAGACAGCAAUGACCACAUGGCUUAUUGGCUAUCAAACACUUCUACAUUGUUGUUCUUAAUCCAAGAAAGUUUGAAACCUGCUGGUUCAGUUGCUGCAACUCCUGUACAUAAAACUCCAACAUCCCUGUUUGGCAGAAUGGCAAUGGGAUUUCGCUCAUCUCCUUCUACCGCCAAUAUUAAUGCUGCUGCUGCAGCAGCAGUACUUGUUGUGCGCAAAGUUGAAGCCAAAUACCCAGCUUUGCUUUUCAAGCAGCAGCUUAUAGCAUAUGUUGAGAAGAUAUAUGGAAUUAUUCGAGACAAUUUGAAAAAGGAGUUGGGAUCACUGCUUUCCUUGUGUAUACAGGCACCUAGGACCUCUAAAGGAAAUGGACUAAGAUCUGGACGGUCAUUUGGCAGAGAUUCUCAGACAAAUCACUGGCUGGGGAUCAUUGAAUGCCUCAACUCCCUUCUCUGCACAUUGAAAGAAAAUUUUGUGCCUCCUAUUCUUGCUCAGAAGAUAUUUACUCAAACGUUCUCAUACAUCAAUGUACAACUUUUUAACAGUCUUCUUCUACGUCGGGAGUGUUGUACAUUCAGCAAUGGGGAAUACGUAAAAGCUGGAUUGGCUGAGCUAGAGCUUUGGUGCUGCCAGGCUAAAGAAGAGUAUGCAGGCGCUGCCUGGGAUGAACUUAAACAUAUAAGACAAGCUGUCGGGUUCUUGGUUAUACAUCAGAAGUACAGAAUAUCUUAUGAUGAAAUAACCAACGAUUUGUGUCCUAUUCUUAGUGUCCAGCAACUUUACAGAAUAUGUACUUUGUACUGGGACGAUAGCUACAAUACUCGAAGUGUAUCUCCAGAUGUCAUUUCGAGCAUGCGGGUAUUAAUGACCGAGGAUUCCAACAGUGCUGAGAGCAGCUCAUUUCUGUUGGACGACAAUUCAAGCAUCCCCUUCUCGACGGAUGAGCUUUCCAAUACACUUCAAGUUAAGGAUUUUAUUGAUGUCAAGCCUGCAGAAGAACUUCUCGAGAAUCCUAGCUUCCAAUUUUUACAUGAAUGAGGCGAACGGACCUCGAGCUCUCUUGAUUGAUUUUUUUUUCCUCGUAGUUGAAUAUAACCUGUAAAUCACUUUUCUUCACAUUUUUUUCCCAUAUAGUAGAAUUAUUUGUCUAUAAUUGUAAAAUUCCAUAGAGUACGGGUCAGGGUAUUCAUUUGGUCAGCGCUUUUCUCUAUUUUCUGGAGCGCCAUUUUCUAUUUUUUAUUUUUUUUUCCUUUUGGUUAUUGGGUGUAAAUUUUUGCUUGUAUAUUCACCCAUUAUCACCUUGUAAUAUAUCAAUUAUUGAAUCUUAUUCAUAUAUAAGUAAUUUGUCAUUGCUUUCUUUAAA